UUGUAAAUAUAAACAUCGGGAUACCACCAUUUGCUUCUCGCCGUGACAGUGCGAAACACGGCCGUGAGACUCUCAAGAGAGAGGGAUUUUGUAAAGUGAUUUCAUAAAAUCAGGGGAAUUUUAUUUGUGCUACAAUUCUUGUACGUAUCCUGUUGAUAAAAGAAUCUGUAAUCGAGGAGCUUCGACAUUCAAGAUCCAACUUUUACGCGAGACGAUCUACGUCAUUUGUCAACGAUCGUAAUCUUCGUAAUUGCAACGCAUAUGGAAGUCAUUGUUAGAUUAUUCUAAUCAGCAAGUAAUUUGAGAAAGAUCUGAUCUUUGAGAAGCUCGUUUGACACGAACUAAAACAAGAUGGGUCGAAAAGGAAAAAAGAAGAAGCAAAGCACUGAGGAAGAAACUGCAUCAACUUCAAAAGCUAGUUCUAGUGAGCAAUUACGAAAGGAACAAACACAGCAGAAAGAACAAGAAAAACAAAUAGCUCAGGGUUUACCACAGAAGCAGCAAAUACCAUCAGGUCCACCUCAACAACCUGAACCUCAGCUACAAGGAGCAUGGGGCCAACCUCGAUCACAGCAGCAAGCACCACCACCAUUACAACAAUCAGGAGCACAAGGACCACUGCAACAAGGAGCAUGGGGCCGACCGCAACAACCAGCAACACAAGCUCCACAAUCGCAAGGAGCAUGGGCUCAACCUCGCCCGCAGCAGCAAGUAUCGCGAGGCCCACCAUCAUCACAACAACCAGGAGCACAAAGUCCCCUGCAACAACAAGGAGCAUGGGGCCGAUCACAACAACCAGCAGCACAAACUCCACAACCGCAAGGAGCAUGGGGCCAACCUCGAUCACAGCAGCAAGCACCACCACCAUUACAACAAUCAGGAGCACAAGGACCACUGCAACAACAAGGAGCAUGGGGCCGACCGCAACAACCAGCAGCACAAGCUCCACAACCGCAAGGAGCAUGGGGCCAACCUCGAUCACAGCAGCAAGCACCACCACCAUUACAACAAUCAGGAGCACAAGGACCACUGCAACAACAAGGAGCAUGGGGCCGACCUCAACAACCAGCAGCACAAGCUCCACAACCGCAAGGAGCAUGGGCUCAACCUCGCCCGCAGCAGCAAAUAUCACGAGGCCCACCAUCAUCACAACAACCAAAAACACAAGGUCCACCGCAACAACAAGGAGCAUGGGGGCAAUCACAUCAACCAACAGCACAAGCUCCACAGCCGCAAGGAGCAUGGACUCAACCUCAAUCACAACAGCAAGUACUACAAGGCCCACUACCACAACAGCCAGGUCCAUCCCAGCAAGGAGCAUGGGUUCAAUCACUACCACACCAAGUUCCAUGUGGUGGUGGUGGUGAUUCUAAACUAGCAACUGGCAAAGCUGAUACACAGCAACAACAGCAACUAACAACAAGUACACAAUUCGAGUUAUCUCAAAUAUCUCUGAGAGAUCCAUUAAAGCAGGCAAAAACCUCUCAAAAAGCAAAAAUGACGUCUAGUGCAAUGAAACAAUAUCAACUUGCUAUACCGAGAAGGAAGGAUCCUAUGAAAGCUGGAACAAAAGGAAUACCAAUUCGUGUUUAUACGAAUAUGUUUGAAAUUAUAUUUAAUAAAAAUUUUGUGACAAAUGCCGUACAUUAUGAUGUAGAUAUUACGCCUAUUGCUUCAAAAACUUUAUAUAGAAAAGUUUUUGAACAAUGUAGAGCUAAUAAUUUUAAAAACAGAUAUCCGGCAUUUGAUGGCAAGAAAAAUGCAUACAGUGCAAAUGAUCUACCUUUUGAGAAUUUUAUGGAAACUAAUAUUGAAGUUUAUGAUCCUGAACGUGAGAAACAAAGAACAUUUAAAAUUACUUUAAAGAAAGUGGCUAACAUUGAUCUUAGCUGGAUAAAAAAUUUACGCCCUGGUCUGGAUGAAGCUGACAGAGAUCAAACUAGUAUACAAGUUUUGGAUAUCAUCAUGCGUCAUGCACCUGAAUCACGAUUUUUGAGUGUUGGAAGAUCAUUAUUCUGGAAAAUAGAUAAUUCAGAACCAUUAGGUGGUGGUUUAAGUCUAUCACGCGGUGGAUUUUCAUCGGCUAUACUUGGCUGGAAACCAUAUAUAAAUAUAGAUGUUGUUCAUAAAGGAUUUCCUACAUCUCAGAGCGUUAUCGAUUUAAUGGUUGAGCUUACGAGAUCAAGAGGCUCUCUAACUGCAGCAGACGUGAAUGAUAGACGGAAUCGGGAUAAAAUAGAGAAAUUUUUGAAGGGUUUAAAAGUAACUUAUCAAAUACCUGGUCAAUCAAAUACAAAACGAACGUAUCGAUUAAAUGGAUUAGGUCCAAAUGCUAUUCAACAUCAAUUCCCCUAUGAAGGAUCAAGGAUAACAAUAGUAACAUAUUUUGCGCAAGCAAAAAAAUACAAAUUGCGUUAUCCUGAUUUGCCUUGUCUUUGGGUGGGCGCAACAAAUAGGGCAGAAAAAAUUUAUUUGCCCGCCGAAUUAUGUACCAUUGUGUCUGGUCAGUCUAUUAACAAAAAAUUGGAUGAAGAACAAACUACCAAAAUGAUUAAAUACGCAGCGACGCCUGCACCUAUUCGUAAACAAAGAAUAGAAAGUGCGUUUGCAAUGAUUGAAGUAAAUAAUAGCCUCACUAUGAAACAAGAGUUUCAUCUGGCUGUGAAUCCAGAAAUGAAACAAGUGAAUGCUAGGAUUUUACCUGCACCAGUAUUACAAUAUAAUGAAAGAAUAGCAAGAGUGAACAAAGGAAUAUGGCAAAUGCAAACAUUCCUGAGAGCUAGUAAUUUAGAAAAAGACACAUGGACUAUUCUUGAUUUGAGUAACAUUAUAAUGAGCAAUUUUACAAAUGAGUUUGUAAAGUCAUUGAGGCAAUGUGCAACCGAAGUUGGUAUGGUUAUUGGAGAACCUCAAACUCCAUUCAAAAUUUUAGAAUCGCACAAUACUGCAGAAAUCAGUGACUAUUUUAAAUCAAAAAGAGGCUUAAACUUGAUAAUAGUUAUCAUACCAGAUCAUACAAACACAACAUACGGCAAAGUAAAACAAAUUACCGAGUUAAAAGAAGGUAUUUUAACACAGUGCAUAAAGGUUAAGACUGUGAAGAAAAACAGUUACUCGGCAGUAAAAAAUAUUCUUCUAAAGAUAAAUUCAAAACUAAACGGUGUUAAUCAUGUAAUCAAUGCACAAUCUAUACCACAAUGUUUAAAAAGUAACGACUGUAUGCUUGUUGGUGCCGAUGUGACACAUCCAUCACCUGAUGCUAUUAAUAUACCCUCUAUAGCAGCCGUUGCUGCAAGUAGUAAUACUUCCGCCUUCCAGUAUAAUAUUGCUCUUAGACUUCAACAACCCAAAGAAGAAAUGAUUUUAGAUCUUGAAGAAAUAAUAAUAUCGCAACUACAGAUCUAUCGGCAGAAAACAUCACGUCUGCCUAAUAAAAUUAUCUAUUACCGAGAUGGGGUUAGUGAAGGACAACUUGCUCAAGUUAUGCACUUCGAAAUAAAUGCCAUUAAACGUGCGUGUACGAGAGAGAAGGCCGGUAAUAUUCAAAUUACUUGCCUGGUUGUUCAAAAGAGACAUCAUGUGCGUCUUUUCCCAACGCGUGAUGCGGAUUCGGACGACAAAAAUAAAAAUGUGAAAGCAGGCACGAUUGUCGAUACUGAAAUUACUCACCCAAAUCACAUCGAUUUUUAUCUCGUUUCACAUGCGAGUAUUCAGGGUACGGCAAGGCCUACAAAAUACAGAUGCAUAUGCAAUGAAUCUAAUUACACGGAAGAUGAUAUUGAAGAAUUAACAUACUACCUUUGCCAUAUGUAUGCACGAUGUACGAGAGCAGUAAGCUAUCCUGCACCAACUUACUAUGCUCAUUUAGGAGCUUAUCGUGGAAGAGCCUUGAUAGAAGGAGUUAAUAUUCGCUUGGAUAAUUUAGCUGAAGAGCAGGAACGAUUGUGUAUGAAAAUGGAAAGAACACCAAUGUGUUUUGUUUAAAAAAAAAAAUCAGGAUCUGUUGCUUUCCGAAGAUUACACAAUUGCUCUGUAUUUGCUUAAUAUCUUUAAUUAUAGUUUAAUUUUUUUAACGAUAUAAGCGGAUAUGAGUUUAUUAUAUAAAUACUUCUUCUUCUUCCGCUUGAAAUAGGCUUAGAGCCUGUUUUUUCCGAUCAUUUCGCCUCGCGAGGCACAAUUAUCGGUUCUGUGAGCGUCAAAUGCUUCUUAUCGGGGGUAGGUUGCUGGCCUUGUCCCCGAACCCUUCUUUUUUAACCCGGGCUUGGGACCGGCUGCGUUAGAUAGUGAAUUAAUUCAUUCGCCAUCCGUUGCAGGCAAGAUACUCUCAGCAGGUUUUUGUCAUUGCCUGCCGAGAGGUGGCGACCGUGAAAUCCUACGAUAUUUUUAAGCUCGGGCUGGAUUUGAACUUGAGAUCUUUGGCAUAGAAGAAAGUAAACACACAUCUCUUUGCGUCACGAUCGCCACAUAUAUAAAUACUUUAAAUGAUUAAAUUUCUUAUUUCAGUUAAUUGAUAGUAACACUUUGGUGUGGAAAUGUAUCUCUAAUAUAUCUAUAUAUCUAUAUGUCAAAUUCGGUCGAUGAAAAAAGUUAUAAUUGUUAUUCCUUGUUUAUAUUUUAUAUUUGGAAUUGUCAUAUUCUUGAAUAAUUACCUUGCCACAGUAAUAAUUAUCAUAAAUUUUCUCUUAAUAAUUAUUACUGUCAAGACUUUUAUUGUUGUUCUUUUAUUAUUAAUUAUAUUCGACAUCAAUAUUCUAAAUUAUUACUGUCAUUAAAAAUUCAAUACAUAUAGAGAUGCAGAAUCUACACCAAAAUAUAUAAACAUAUGUAUAUGUUUGUAUCUAUAAUUAAAAUUUUUCAUGUUUUUUUUUCUAUAUAUUUGAUUAUUAUAUAUUUGAUAACUUUAUAAUCUGUCCACACAUACAAUAUAUGUGUGUAUGUAUGUGUAGUUUGCACUUAACAUAAUUUGCAUUAUCUUUUUUCUUAUUGUUACUUAUGAGUUGGUUUAUAUUCCUAACAAUUGUAAUAUUGUGUUUAUACUGUUAAUUACAGUACAAGUAAUAUUACAAUGUUUAUUAUUGCAAUUGUACAAUUUACAAACAAUUACAAUUAUUGUUUAUACAAUUGUAUAUUAUUUUUAUAUAUAUUACUAUAACGUUAAAUGAUAUAUGUUUCGCGUGUUUACAUACGUGAAUCACGAAAUAAUAUGUCACAGGAUUUUCAUAUAUACAUAUUACGAGUAAAGUUUCCUAACUCUGAUUCUAAUUUGUGUUUUUAUAAAUAGGAUAAUAAAAGAUAAAGUUAGAUAAGAAAUUAUUUCUGAAAUUGUGUAUAUGUUAAAGAAAAAUAAAUAAUCUAAAAAAGAA